AAACUCAGUGUUUGCAAUUUCAAGAACCAGGUCCUAGGACCUAACAUCGUUUUCCAACGCUCAUUAGAAAAUGGCUAAGUCUUUACCGGUUAAAAUGGAAAUUGACUUGACAACUCAAGUAGCUGAAUCUGCAAAUGUUGAUAGGAAUCUAGUCAGUCGUGUAAUUCCAAUGUUUGAAGAGGGCUACACUGUACCGUUUAUUGCACGUUAUCGUAAAGAAGUGACUGGAGGUAUAGAACCGGCGAUUUUGCAUAGGUUAAAAGAUAAAAUAAAUGAUUGCAAAAUGGUUGUCGACAAAAUAGAGAAGUCACUGGAGUUUUUUAAUAAAAGUGGACUGCUUACUGACGAAUUAUCACAGCAGUUAAUGAAGUGCAAAACAACUGAAGAUAUAAAACUUCUUACAGAUCCUUUUAAAUCGAAGGGUCCACGUACACUUGCAGGUCGGGCGAAAGCUGCCAAUUUGGAGCCUAUUGCUUUAGACAUACUUCAUUCCAAUAAGUUUGUUGAUAUAUAUAAUCGGGCUCCUCCGGAAGCUAAAAAAGUUUUCCAGUCAAAAGCAGCUCUUGAGGAUGCUGUAUGCCAUAUUAUUGCGGAUAUUUUCGCCAAAGAUUUGGAUAUAAUUCGAAAAGCUGAGGAGUUAUGUCUAAAGUUCCCAGCAAUACUUGUCACUUCGAAAAAGUCCAAACGCGAUAAAACUCACUCAUCUGAAAGCCGUUCUUGUCCACAGUCUAUGCUUAUCGACGGUGAAGAUGACCACGAAAAUUUCGAAGUUGGCGGUUGUGCACAUAAUGGAAAUACUUCUGCAAAAACUAACGAUAAACUUAAGGAUGAUUUGGUUACAUUCAAAAAUUAUUUGAACUUUUCUCGUUCAGUUUCCUCUAUCCUAGCACAUCAGGUAUUGGCUAUUAAUAGAGCUAGUGAAAGAGGCGUUAUUACAGUGAAAGUUAAUUUGUCAUCACAAGUGCAACAACAAUGUGGAACAUUUGUAUCUCAAAAGUAUUUUUCUGCAGUUAAUCGCAUUCACUGGGAUUAUGUUAUGUUGGCUUUUAAUGAUGCGUGGAAACGUCUUAUUGAUCCACACUUAGUGCGUAGUAUUCGAGCUAAACUAACAACUUCAGCGCAAGAUGCAUCACUUGAAGUGUUUACAGAGAAUCUUCGGCGUCUGUUGAUGACUGCUCCGCUACGUAAUUCCACUUCAUUUGGCGAAUCAACGGUAAAAGAUGAAUGUGACACAGGAAUGAUUUCUUCAGCAUCUGGUGCACCUGGUGAUCGUCUUCCCGUUGUCGGAUUGGAUCCAGGUUGGCGGAAUGGAUGUAAAUGGGCUGCCUGUGAUCCACAUGGAAAUGUAUUAGCCACAGGUAUCUUAUGGCCACCUCAUACUCAGUCUGCUAUUCCAUCGAAGAGGUUGAAAGCGUGUGAUGGACCAUUAACUAAUAAUGGUUUAGGCGCAUUAACAGCAGUUAUGCAACGCCACCAAAUUGAGACUGUAGCUCUUGGCAAUGGUCAAGGUAGUCGACAAACUGGUUGUUGGUUGGCACAUUUGAUUCAAAUUGAACACUUUAAACCACUUAACAUCCGCUAUGCUGUUGUCAGUGAAUCUGGCGCCUCAUACUACAGUGCAUCAAAAAUGGCGUGUACAGAACUACCAGAUUUGGAUGUUAGUUUCAGAGGUGCUGUUUCUAUCGCUAGACGCCUACAGGAUCCUUUAGCCGAGUUGGUAAAACUUGAACCGAAGCAUCUAGGUGUUGGUAUGUAUCAGCAUGAUAUACCUGAACGCCGACUGGUUGCAGCAGUCAAUGAUGUGAUGGAAGAGUGUAUUAGUUUUGUAGGUGUUGAUUUGAACGCAGCUCCAUUACAUAUUUUAUCUCGUGUAGCUGGUUUGUCUGAGGCGAGAGCAAAAUCAAUUUUGGCGUAUCGCGCUCAAAUUGGACCUUUUCGAUGCAGAGCAGAUCUUCUCAAAGUCAAAGGUAUUGGGCAGGCUACGUAUGCUCAGUGUGCUGGUUUUGUCCGAGUAAAACCCACCUACUCAGCAGUCACUUUGGAUGGGACCAAGGAUGUUGAAAUGAUUUCCAUUUCUAGUGAUGACUGUGAUGAUGAACUAGCUUGUGAUGUCAAAAUACUCGGUGUCACGUCUGUUUCUACUGGUGGUGUGAAGCGUAAACUUGCGGUGGAUGAAUCAAACGUUAAGCGUAAGAAGCCACGACUUAAAAUACAAACCACUGAUCAGUUUGAUGUAAAUUGUUUUAACCCACUGGACCAAACAGCUGUGCAUCCUGAUUCAUAUGAGGUUGGAACAAAAAUAAUAUCUUUACUUGGAUUCCGUUUGACAGAUGUUGGAUCAGCAAGCCUUAGAGCAGCUGCAACUCAGUUUAUGCUUAGUGCAGACAGGGAUAAACGACUUGAACCAUUUUGCACAAAAACUGUUGGGUUUGAUACGUUACGUGAUAUUGUUGAGGCUCUUUCACGCCCACUGGAUUUUGAUGAACGUCAGGGUAUGCUGUUUUUCUCAUGUUUGUGUAAAUUUUUUAAUUGAUUAAGCUUCUUUUUUUUCAAUUCUGUAGUUUGAUUGAUUUUCAGUUGAUAUUCAUGGGUUGAAGAAGCAUUAAAAGCUGGGACUCCGUAGGGGGUGCACAGCGUUGGCAUGCGUUGUCAUUGAGCCACCAAGUCGAAAUCCAAUGGGCCUUAUUUUCCCAACUUUAUUAAUUCACGAUAUGUACUAGCUAGUAAAUGCAAUUAAAGUAGUUUAGCGGUUAAGCAUUAAGAUCGAAGUGAAUGUUUCGCAGUGUGCGUAAAUGGGGGAAUUGUAUUGAGGUGAUCAUAUAGAAAUGAACAAAACACGGUUAGUGCUAGUCUCGAAUGAGUGAUUGCACACCACUGAACAGGUGCACUGUGGAAUGAAAUGGUUAAUUUAGUUUAUGACCGAGGGUAUAAUACCCUUAUAUAAGAAAUAUUUUUAUAAGAUAUUUCAGAUGCAUUUCCGACUUAUUGUUACGCAGCUAUUAUAGCGUACCGAUGUUAGAAUUCAAAACCCGCAGCCAAGGACUCUCUUUAUUUCUGAGAAUCAUCUCUUAGUGAUUUGAAGAACUUAUUUUGGCACAACAUAGAGUUUUGAAUAACUGUGUAUUAGUUCAGGUUGAAAAAAAUGACAGUGUAACUCGCAACCAGAUAAAGGUUCGUGUACUAGUCUAUGGACCAUACUACUUGUAUUUGUUGAUUAGUGAUUCUAUCUAACUUUGGUAACUGGAGUGGAGUUUCCAAUCAACAGUGUAGUUGAAAUUUGGAUUUCUAAACUAAUGAUGUAUACCCUCAACUUGUCUUUGUUAUUGGAAUGUGAUUGUAUAUGGGGAAUCAGUUUGCUUUAAAGUGAUGGUUUUUGGUAAGAUUAGUCAGUGUCAAGUGGUGUUGAAUGUUUUAGAGUCAAACAAAUUUGAAAAUCAUAAAAAUUAAAUGGUGAUGAGCAAUUACUGUCUUCUACAACUAUCAUUAUUACAACUGUUGAGAAUUAAUGAACUGCACGAGAUGUGAAUAGCUUAUUAACGAAGUGGUUGUGGUGACGGAAGAUGGUAGUGUUAACCGUUAGAAACUAGGCGUAUAAGACUCAUCAGUAGUACACCAUCUGUGAAUCAUGAGGUUGUUAUUUUACUAAAGCUAGAACUAGUUGAGUGGAUUACUUUCACAGUCGCCUGUCACGUUUAACCGAAACAGUUGUACAUAACCUUGGAGUUCCUUAUAAUGUUUCCUUUGAUGUCAUUUCUCGAUGACGUGAAUUGUCUUCAAAUAGUUUCUACUCAUAUGAUGAUCUGUUUAGUGUAUGCUAAUAUUUUAUUUUAAAAACUAUAUUUCGUCCAUCAGAUUGCUUUACCCCACUAUUUCACUCGUUUGUGAUGAAGAUAUCAGAUCUGCGUAAAGGUAUGCAAGUGAAAGGUCGUGUAGAGAAUGUUACCACAUUCGGUGCCUUCUGUGAUAUCGGCGUUGAGGAAAAUGCCUACAUCCCCAGACAUGCAUAUCCUCAAAGUUGUCAAAUGUCUAAGCAACCUGUAGGUAGUGCUCCGAAAGUGAACAAUGGGACCCAGAAUAUGUUCACCUUACGCUUAGGUGAUCGUGUCAAAGCCACAGUCGCCAGUGUCGAUGUGAAAUAUCAUCGAAUUUCAUUGGACAGAGUAACCGUCAUAUAAUAUCGUGAGAAAUAUAAAACAAUGGCAGAUAUGAUCUAUUUUAUUUGUUAUUUUUUUUCUCCAGAGCAUUUGUAAUUAUUUUUGUAAGUACUAUUUUUGUUACUAUUGUAAAUGAUUAGGUUACACUUAUUAUUAUUUUUACAGUGCAUUAUUAUCUUAUUUUCGUUUGUAAAAUAUAAAAAGGUUACUGGAUUUC